GGCGCUGAGGAGGCAGGACCAGGCCGGACGCUGGCCAUGGGACACUGCCGCCUUUGCCAUGGCCGCUUCUCCGCCCGGAGUCUCCGCAGCGUCUCCCGCCCGGGGUCUGGGGAAAGCGUGGUGAGAGGCCCCCCGGGGGAGCGCCUUUUCCUCAGGGACUUCCAGCGCUUGCUGGGGGUGCCCAUCCUCCAGGACCCUGCUCUGUCCCCCUUUGUCUGCAAGAACUGCCAUGCCCAGUUCUACCAGUGCCACGGCCUCCUCAGCUCCUUCCUGCAGAAGGUCAACUCCUCCCCAGCGGCCCGCCGGCAACCUUGCACGAAGACCGGGACCCGACCCCAGACUGUGGAGGAGGCGGACCUGGUCACGUGGAGCCCUCGGUGCCUGCAGGCCCUGGUAGGGUGGGUGCACGGGCAUGCAGCCAGCUGCGGGGCCCUGCCCAACCUGCAAAGGAUGCUUUCUUCUGAGUACUGCGGCGUCAUCCAGGCCGUGUGGGGCUGCGGCCAGGGCCACGAGUAUGCCAUGGACAUGGACUCCGGCUGCGGGGCUCUCACACUGGACAGCACGCUGGCGGUCAAGUGGGAGUGGGACAAGGAGACAGCCCCGAGGCAUACCCCCAGUCGGGGGCCCAAUCCUGCUGGGACUGUCCCCCAGCACUCCCAGGGCAGAGGGACCACGACUGAGGCCGAGACUGAGGCACUGCCCAUCACAGACAAGGCCCAGUCUCCCUUGGAUGACAGUCCUGUGGGGCCUGGGCAAAGCUCCCCACCCCAGCCAGGUCCACCCCCAAGUGGGGCUCCAGGGCAGUUGAGUGAGAAGCAGGUUUCAUCUUCAACUUCGGAUGAUCGGGUAAAAGACGAGUUCAGUGACCUUUCUGAGGGAGACAUCCUGAGUGAUGACGAGCAUGACAAAAAGCAGAAUGCCCCAUCGUCUGAUGAGUCCUUUGAGCCGUACCCCGAGAAGAAGUAA